AUGACGCCCGCGCAACCGACUCGCAGUGGUCACUUUACUGCUGAUCGAAUCCCUCUCCGCCACGAUGACAGACUACAGCUUGUUCAUUCGAAAGUCAGAGGACCGUUUGCAUUUCUGAACCCUACCCAAGCACAUUACAAACACAAAGUCCACCUACCACCCACGCAAACCCGCCUUGGGACCACUGAAGCGCCCAUCAGCACAACGGACGCUGCUCCGCCUCUUGAUGCAGCCACGAUAUCGGCUGCCAACAUCGAGUACAAAUGGACUUCUCGAGACAACCGCAAAGGUCGGCAUGCUUUAGUUGUGAAGAGUCCCUCUGUGGAACAUCCAGAGGCGAAUGUAUCAACCCCUCGAAGCAGCACCCAUUGGCGGUCUAUCCUACAUACAAUAUGGCUGAUGAUAACAUUCUACCCGGUAUGGGACAUAUCCUGGUGUGUAGCUUACAUCUUCACCCUUGGGAGCGUUCUAUGGGUAAUAAACUCUCUCUUCGUUUUCCUGCCCUUGAUCAGGCCUUCGUCGACCUUCCACAACGAAGCUCUUGUUGGCGGAGGCAUAACUGCCUUUGUUGGUGCAACCAUCUUCGAAGUCGGGAGCAUACUUCUCAUGUUAGAAGCCGUCAAUGAGAAUCGAGCGGGUUGCUUUGGGUACGCGGUGGAGUCGGUGCUUGAAGAGCGCAUAGACAAAGUCGAGACUGGAAACGGAAGCAGCCCCAAGGUUGUGCCCAAGGACCUUGCCUGUACCCACCACCACCAGAACAAGCGCAACCUGGUAGGGGAGCCGCACCAGAUACAUCGUGAUACAUCAUCUACGCCCAUCUCAGACAAGCAGCAGCCAUCGAAGAACGAUUCGUGGGUCUGGUGUCCUUCUUGGGUUGAGCUGAAGACCCACUACUUCCACGAGCUCGGAUUUAUCGCCAGCCUCAGUCAGCUGUUCGGUGCCACUGUGUUCUGGAUCAGCGGAUUCACAGCCCUUCCUGGAAUUCUGAAUGUCCUGUCUCCUGGCCUUAGUGAUGGUAUCUUUUGGACGCCUCAGAUAAUUGGUGGUACUGGAUUUAUCGUGUCUGGAUGGCUGUUCAUGACCGAGAACCAGAAGCAUUGGUGGCUUCCAGCACCGACUGUUUUGGGAUGGCACAUUGGUGCUUGGAAUCUUAUUGGCGGCAUUGGUUUCACACUGUGCCCUGCCUUCGGCUACGAUACCAGUAGCUGGGCACAAUACCAGGCAUCAUGCUCGACCUUCUGGGGGUCAUGGGCAUUCUUGAUCGGAAGUCUGAUUCAAUUGUACGAGUCUCUCGAGAAGACACCUGUGAGCGUGGAACCUCUUGCGUAG